AGCAAGCGAGAGAAGUCGGUUAUCGCGUCGUAGAGGGGGACGACGCGCGAAAGACAAGGAGGGAGAGCAUCGCGCGUUCCUCGUCGCUGCAGUGUGGAGUACACUGUGGAAGAGCGUGCGCGCGCGAGUGAGACGGCCACGGUUUCGGAAGGAAGAGAGGGAAUGAUAGUGGAAAAGAGAAAGAGGAGGAACACCGGGGCUGGUGGACGAGAGACGGAGCGUGAAAGAGCGUGGUGGUGCGAGUGAAGAGAGACGGGAAAGUCGAUGGUGGAAGGAAGAGAGGUGGAUGACGAAAGAGAGAGAGGAAAGGAGGCGAACGAGCGAGCAAGAGACGGAGGACGGUACAGAGUGGCGGUACACGGGGCGCGAGAAAAGCGGUAGUGUGCCGUGGACCACCGCACUGGCAUACCGUGGUUCGUUACGAUCCCCUUCGUACGUCGCCUCGUACCGAACCUCGCAGUCAUCAGCGAAGUCACAUUUCGGCAAGUGCUAGUGCAGUGCGGAGACGGAGUCGGAGCGGUUGCUUCAAGUCGUUUAAAAAAGUACGACCGACGUUUCCGAGAGACACGCACCGGGCCCCGGGUCCCUCUGUGUCACCGAAUAACACAGAGAGUAUCAUAUCGUACAGAAAAUCAUUUCGAUACGACAAACGUACAGAGGGCAAAGAGGAGAGGUGUUCCGCGAGGGAGAAAUCGUCGCGUGCCGGCCGACUGAAUCGUCGACGGGCGCGCACGCGGUAGAGAGGCCCACAGCCAGUUUUAUAGCCCGUCUUAUUACCCCGGUUUAUUGCGUCGUAACGGUUUAACGAUCAUCGCCCGUUUCCACUACCUAGACCGCCGGUUUACGCUCUUACCGGUAGCGGUAACCAUAACAAGCCCAUAAAAAGGCCCCCGCCGCUGCCAUGAAUCCCAUUCGGAAUUAUACUCCUACGGCCUACUGACAUUGACACUCUUGGGUGCAACCGCUUAUACCUACCGAUGACUUUUAUGACCUUUUAAAACGGUUUAAUGCCCGUUUGCUCGUCCCUCGUCGACGCUGUCACCUGUCGCCACACGCGUCAAACAGCGUAUCGGAGCUCAACGCGACGCGCUUACCUCACGCCUUUUGGCGCGAACCACCACCGGACACACGGAGUCGGAACCACGACCAUCUCCGCCACUAUACUUUUCACCUCUCGUCGAGGUGCCUCUCGAACGGUGAACGGGGACUAACUUAUUUUACAAACUUGGAGAAACGCGAACCGAGACAUCGGAUCUCGCGGAGCAUGGACUCUUAACAUCGCUCGCGACUAGCCACAAACAAAGCCACAACAAAGUAAACAGAAUCGUGCGUCCUUUCGUUCCUCCUUCUCUCACGAAGGCUCGAAGAAGGAAGAGACCUCUGCCAGGAACAGUUGUCUCGCGACACCACCGAGGCUCUUGAAUUCUCGCCUCCUCGCUCACGCGUGUUAUUUUUUUUGUUUUCCUCUGAGUGGCGGUGUUUCAGUGCAAGUGAAUUCAUAAUGAACUCGUAUUUUGAGCAGACUGCGGGUGGCUUCUACGGAAGUCACCACCAUCAGACUGGAGCCGCCAGUCAACACCACGAUCCAGCCACGGCCGCGGCUUAUCGAAGUUUCCCUCUUGGCCUGGGCAUGUCACCUUACGCGUCCACGCAGCAUCAUCAUCACACUUCGUCAUCGUUGGGCAUACACCCGGGCGGAGGUACGAACACGAGGCCACCUCAAGACUCACCGUACGACGCGAGCGUCGCGACGGCCUGCAAACUUUACUCGACGACACCGGAGGCGACUGGACACACCACCUCUUCCUACUCGACCACAGCGACCAAGGACUGUAAGCAACAAGAUCAAGCAUCGGCGCAUCAGAACGGUUACGCUGCGGUGAUGGCAGCCGCGGCCGUCAAGGACGUUUGGCAGUCAGCGACCUCGGGGGCGAACAGUCAAAGCAAUUCGGUGGUUCGUCCAUCGGCGUGCACUCCGGAAGGUACGAGGGUUGGUAGCUACGGUGGUCUCGUAGGCGGCGACCCGGCAUCGAGUCCUGGUAACAACAGUUCCUCGAGGUCCCUCACGUCGUCCUGGAACACCUGCAGUUUGAACUCGUCCGCGAGCCAACCGGUUGCCACGCAACUACAUCAGCAACCCACCAACCAUACCUUCUACCCUUGGAUGGCUAUAGCAGGUAAGGAAGAUAUUGCUAAGCCGCAUUGGACAUGGUUGCAAGGAGCGAACGGAAUGCGCAGGCGCGGCCGACAGACCUACACGCGCUACCAGACGCUCGAGCUGGAAAAGGAAUUCCACACGAGCCACUACCUCACCAGGCGGAGGCGGAUCGAGAUGGCACACUCGCUCUGCCUGACGGAACGGCAGAUCAAGAUCUGGUUCCAGAAUCGGCGGAUGAAGCUGAAGAAGGAGAUACAGGCGAUCAAGGAGCUGAACGAACAGGAGAAGCAGGCGCAUGCGCAGAAGGCAGCGGCAGCAGCGGCCGCGGCUGCGCAGCAGCAGCAAGCGGCCGGUGGGGGACCGGAGGGGGCCAACUAGGGGUACGCCCUGCACCGGAGCCCCCCUGACCACCCCACCACCAAUCCACACCACCCUCUGCUAGCACCGCAAUGUACACAGCUAUAUUAAAGGUGAGUGGCAGGCUGCAUCCACUGUCUCUGUAAUGCCAAAUAGAUGGUCGAUGUGCGUAUCUGUCGAUCGUCAAUUUAUCGGUUGCGGCGAAUCGGAUGCUGCACCCGGUGAGUGACGAACCCGCCUCCCGCUCCCCCGCGCGCCAGCACCACACCAUCACCAGCCACAACCAACCCCCCAUGGAAACCUCCUGUAGCUCACUUUGACCAAUAAUCCUGCAGACCAAUCAGUAUCCAAGUGCACAGUGACGUCCGUACAAGCCUAGUAUUGUCGUAGUCCCCCUCUCCGUUUCGCCCCCUGCCACCCCCUCCCCCUUUCUGGCCUCUCUAUCUGUAGUCCCUGCUUUUGGCGGCAGUAGUGUGUAGAUAGAGGGGGUGAGUUAUACGGAGUUGCAGUUCCGUUCCGUGGAAACAACCGAUCUCCGUCCGUCUCUCGUUUUCCAGCGGUGAAUGAUCGACGCGAGAGACGACGAUACCCGCGCUCUCGAGAACGCGUCGAAAGAAACGAGAGCGAGAGGAGCAAGAGCCGACUUCGGGCAAACGUGUGGUGCGUAUGCCUCUCUCGAAGGUCUCCCUAUCGGACGUCUUUCGUCGUCUCGUUGUCUCUCGGAUUAUUGAAACACACUUCACGAGGUACGAUGGGAGCGUUGGGGUGCGCGCGAUAUACUCCGAAACCUAAAUACGUAACGAAAAGGCUAAGAAGAUGUACUAAUAUAGUAAGUGAAACGCUUAGGAAGCGGACAAAGGUAUCCCCGAGUAUCGUGUCGACGCGACGAUCGGCAAGAUCCUCGAAACGGAUCGGAGGGGGGCGGGGGGAGGGGGUGCGGAGGGGCGAAUAUUUCAAUUUCACGUAUUUCGUUUAUCGGCGACGAAAUAAAAAAAAAAGAAAAAAAAAGAGAAAGAGAAAUUCUUUGUUUCGUGGAUCGAUUGUACAGAAAACUUAGUUUAAAACUAUCGCGAAUGCUCCCUUCCUCUACACCCCCCCCCCCCUCUCCGUUUUUCGUUUUACUUUUAGCGUUCUUCCGUUUGUUUCGCUUUUUGAUCACGCGCGUUCGCUUUCCGGAGCGUGUUAUGCUAUAUAUAUGACUGCUGUUGAUGUUAUGUUUUUGUUAAUUUUUUUUUUUUUAUUGUCUGCGAAACGACACGAGAACACGUUUCUACCGUCGCCGUGUGUGCGUGUAAUUCCCGCUGUUCUUCGAGCACGGCUUACCGCUUUCGAUGAGAAAGAGGCCAACGGCAAUUAUGUCUGUUAAGAUGACAGUGUAUCCUGAUCCUGAUGAUCUCUCGGCGCACGGUGAAAACGUGGUUCUUUCGAUCGGUACAAAAUAUAUAUGUUGAUGUUCGAUAAUUUUGUUAAAUAUUAUAUAUAGAACAGUUUAUGCGGUGUAAUAUCGGGCGCUCGAUACGGAGCAACGCGCGCGCGCGCGUUCCUCUCGCGAGUCGAAUGUAGCUUUUUGUUUUCCCUCUCCCGAGGGAUGAAAGAGAAAAAAGGCAAAAGAAGAAAAGAAAAAAAAAAAAAAGGAAUUGGAGGUGCAGACAGAUUCCUUCUCCUUCGAACUAUUCCUUUUUCUUUCGCUGUAUUCGUGUAUCAUUUCUCACUCUCUCCCUUUCUUUUCCCUCCCCUUAUCCGCGAAUCGUCUCGAUUCCUACCGACACUCCGUUCAAGCAGAACAGAAUCGAACGGAAACUCUCCUAAGCAAGAUAGACUCUAACGAAGCAAGAUUAUUACAUUGUACCGUACCUACCUAGUACCUAUAGACGCCUACCCAGACACAAAGUGUACGUGGCGCUAUCCUAAGCAAAUAAAACAACUAUUCUAGUUAAUGAAUGUAUACGAAUAGCCGCUAAGAGACACGCAAGGAAUAAUAGGUAAACGCAGUAUUUCUAAGAGGAAUAUGUAAUGUUAAUAAUUAUUUAUUUUGUGGAUCUCGGUGAAUAAGACGGGAAGAAUG